AUAAAUAACGUCACACACCUUCUUGUUCAAUACAAACCAUCCAUUAUAAAAAAAAAAAAACACAACAUGACUAAGCUCAUUUUAUUCCUCGCCGUGCAAAUCUUCCUCCUCAUCGCCGUUUCUUCCGCCGGAGAUGACGGUGAACACUUUGCAAGAACCAUAGACCGUAAACUUCUCGGUCUCCACAAGAAAGAGAAACUAACACAUUUCAAAGUGUAUUGGCACGACAUCUUAAGCGGUCCAAACCCAAGCUCCAUCAGAAUCCAGCCACCGGUUGCAAACUCCACUACCUACUUUGGAGGAAUCACUAUGAUCGACAACGCCUUGACGUCCAAAGUUGAGAUGAACUCAACGUUAAUAGGCCAGGCACAAGGGUUUUACGCCGGUGCGGCUCAAAAGGAGUUGGGUUUUUUCAUGGCGAUGAACUUUGCUUUCAAGACAGGGAAGUAUAAUGGAAGUACCAUCACGAUUCUUGGUCGGAACAGGGCGAUGUCCGAGGUGAGAGAGAUGCCGAUCAUCGGAGGAAGUGGGCUUUUCCGGUUUGCUAGAGGCUACGUUGAGGCUCGAACAAAAUGGCUUAAUUUUCAGAAUGGUGAUGCUACUGUUGAGUACAGUUGUUAUGUUUUGCAUUAUUGAUGCUAAUCAUGUCUUUGUCCUAUUUUAUCGUAUUUAAUUUGAUGACGUAAUAGUUAUGGUUUUCUUGUUGCAUUUGGCUUAUGGUUUGUGAUAGAUUUGUUGGAUUA